AUGGGGUCCGACAUGCAGGUGCCACAGCCCAAGCGAGCUGCGGAGCAAUCUCAGCAGCCUCAACGGCGUACGCGCAACCGCAUCCCGUUGGCGUGCGAGCCAUGUCGCGCGAGAAAGCUGAGAUGCAACCGCGAAAAGCCCUGCCACAACUGCACAGCCCGCAACGAACAGGCGUCCUGCCGGUUCCGCGGCCGCAAGAAUGGCCCCAACGGCAGUGCGCCCGGUGCCGCCGAACCUGCAGCGCACGCGUUACGGCAGAGGAUCGAUCACUUGGAGAGUCUCGUCCAGAAACUAAUCGACCGUAACCCCCACGCGCCGCUGCCCUCGGGCGGGAUGGUCUGCACUCCGGAAAGUUCCCACUCCGAAUCCGGCUCGGCCCUGUCCGCUGACGCGUCGGACCCCUUGCAUGUGCCCGGUGCCGGCAAGACCGUCACGGACGGCGUCCAUUCCGUCUAUCUCGGCGGCGAUGACUGGCACGUCGUGCUCGAAGAGAUCAGGGAGCUCAAGCAGGCCUGGAGCCAAGAGGAUGACGGGCUAAGCGACCACAGUGCCACCGCCCCCGCUCUCUCCCACCCCGUCGAUGGUUCGAGCCUGCUGUUCAACCAGGUCAAGCCGCUCGAGCGGAUCGAGAUCCUCGCUACUCUGCCGCCCAAGGCCGAGGUCGACCGCCUGAUUUCGUAUUUCUUCGAUCGCCAGGCCUUCCCCAUCAGGGUUCCACCGAUCCUCCAUGAGCCGACCUUCAGGCGCGAGUAUGAGGAGCACUGGAGAGACCCGUCACGCACCAACUUCAUCUGGCUCGGCCUGCUGUUCUCCAUCCUGGGCAUCGCCAUGCUCGCCUACCACCAGCACGGCGAGCCGCCCGAGUACGAGGGCAUCUCGGAGUCGCUCUUCCAGCUGUACCGCGUCCGCACCUCGCAGUGCCUGCUGAGCGGCGACAUCUCCAAGGGCCUGCCCUACACGGUCGAGACGCUGCGCUUCAACGCGACGGCCGAGCUCAACCGCCGGGACGACAACCGCCGCGGCCUGUGGCUCAUGUCGGCCGUCGUCGUCCGCGCCGCCAUCAACAUGGGCUACCACCGCGACCCGUCGCGCAUCCCGGGCCUGACGCCCUUCCAGGCCGAAUACCGCCGCCGCGCCUGGCUGUCGGUCGUCAGCAUGGACGACAUGGCCUCCUUCCUCGGCGGCUUCCCGCGCAUGACCGCCGCCCUGUGCUCCGACACCGCCGAGCCCCGCAACCUGCACGACUGGGAGCUGAGCCCGGACGCCGCCGCCCCGCUGCCCCCCUCCCGCCCCCUCACCGAGCCCACCCCGGCCACCUACCUGAUCGUCAAGGGCCGGCUGCUCCGCGCCCUGGGCCGCGUCGCCGACUUCCACCACGGCCCGCCCCCGCUCGACACCGUCAAGUCCCUCCGCGAGGUCGACCGCGCCGUGCACGACGCCUACGCCUCCUUCCCGCCGCACAUGAAGCUCGACCUCGACCUCUCCGCCUCCUCCACCACCACCACCACCAAUAAUUCCAUCCCCAACACGCCCUGGUCCCAAACCGCCUUCACCCUCCUGGCCAUGUACCACCGCGGCAUGUGCACGCUGCACCGGCGCUUCCUGGCGCGCGCCCGGCGCGACCCCCGCCUGCGCUUCUCGCGCGCCCGCUGCCUCGCCUCGGCCCUCGCGCUGCUGGCCCUGCAGCGCCGCGUGCUGCUGCUGCCGCCGACUGCGGCGGCGCCGGCGGCGGCGGCGGGGGGCGGGGGCGGGGGCGGGGUGCCCGCCGCGUAUGCGCACUGGCAGAUGCGCCAGACUAUGGUGCUUGCUGCUAUGGUGGUUGUGCUGGAGCUGGAGGUGCGGAGGCGGUUUGGGGAUGAUCAGGGGGAGGAGAGGCAGGGGGAGGGGAGGGUGGAUACAGCGGGGGAGCGAGAUGUGGGGGUGGAAGUGGGGGUGGAUGGGGGGGAAGGGGACAUUCCGGGGACUGGUGUUUUGUUGGAGGCGCUGGAGGGGGCGUGUGCGUGCUGGGCCGAGGCGUGGCGCGUGUGUGAUGACGCGAGGAGGGUGCAUGAGGUACUGCAGCGCAUGCUCGCGGGGUUGCGGGCGGGUGCUGGGAAUGGGGAAAGAACUGCUGAGCCUGUUGUGCCGGCAUCGCUGGGAGCAAGACCGGAUAUGAGCAGUCCCGGGCUGGACGCGUUUGAGAGGGUGCCCUCGUUCGACAUGGACUUCUCCAACAUGGAUCUUGACUGGGCUACUUGGGACGCCUUCUUGGAUAAUCCCGACCCGAAUUUUGAGACUGCUCCGGUAUACUGA